UUAGCAACGCCUCAAACAACGUGUGUUCAAGGAGGCUAAAAAGCUAAUUUAAUUUCUUAACUGUUAGGGAACACAUGCUCAUUUAAGAAUAAUGGACCGAGAACUGAACGAUGAGGAGCUGCAGGAUUUGUUCGCGUGGAUAGACAAAAUACCGCUGUCCAGGCCCAAAAGAAACAUUACAAGAGAUUUCAGCGAUGGAGUGAUGGCUGCUGAGGUUGUCAAACGUUUUAUCCCAAAGCUCGUUGACCUGCACAACUAUAUAUCUGCAAACUCCACGCAACAGAAGCUCAGUAAUUGGAAUCUCCUCAACAGGCAAGACUGUCAAAAACUGCCUUUUAUAAGGAAGGUGUUUUCCAAGCUGGACUUUCACGUGCCUGAGGAGACAGUGAGGAGGAUUGCAUGCAGCUCUGCUGGAGCAAUAGAGCCUGUACUGAGCACGCUCCGGGAGAAGAUAGACAAGAAACUGCAACACACCCCCAACAACAUACUAAAUAUGGACUACUAUGACACAAGGAACCAGGAGAAACAUCAUACGGAAGUUCACCAGACUGAAGCAAAACUUGUGGCUCAGCUAGCAGAGAUGAAACAUGAAGAAAAGAAAGUGCAGAAAAACAUGAAACUACAGCAUGCCGUGAAGCUUUACCCAGAAAUGGACCCCACUUUUCGGCUGAUCCUGCAGGAAAAAGAGCAUGCAGUCAUGGCUUUGCAGGAGACUGUGGAGAUCCUGCAGAUGAAAGUGAACAAGCUGGAGCAUCUGGUGCACUUAAAAGACAUGCGUAUUGAAGAUCUGACACAGCACCUGGAAAUGUACAAAUCAAAAGGCAAAACACACUGAAACAAAAAUGUACACCAACAGGAUGUAACUCACAUUCAUUCAUAGACUUAGACUAUAUUGUUUUCUAAACUUAGUUUAGAAAUGUCUGCCUUGGUUUUUCCCACCGAAGGUACCGGUAUGUAAUUAAAUGAAAGAUGCUAUUUAUCCUUGAGGAAAACUACAGUAUUGUAAAUGAUUUAGUGUGUUUGUUUCAGAGAUAAUUGGUUUGUCUUAUUUGAUACCAUAAUAUUUGCACUGUAAUUAUUUAAGAAGGACAAUGCAGCUAUAUCAGUAUCCACAUUAUGUAUUUGCGUUUAUCUGAUUUAUGUAAGAAAAUUUCAUCUGUUGAAUACAAAUUACCAACUAGCUAAGAUGAGUUUAGCUAUGUUCUCAUUUGGCUUGUUUUGUUUUACACAUGAGAGUAGAAGUCUGAAGUUUUACAGAUGAAUGCAUUAAGUAAAUUAAGUCAAUAAUUUCAGUUCAUGUCACUUCUUCCUUCUAAAUAUGACAUCACUCUGUUUCAAGGAAAUCGUGGAAAUUCUCACAUGUAAAACAUGUCUUAAGAUAAAACCAACUUAAUAAUUUCGUCAUUUCCACUUUUUAACGCCUUGACCAAAUAUAGUGUAAUAUUCUUAAGACAGCAGCAUAGAUCUGCCAGCAAACCCACGCACAGCCAGCAAGGCAGAGCACAACAUCUUCCAGUCUCUUCAUUUGGAUGUAAAAUAUUAUUCAGCCACAAAUGAAAAAUUAAAAAUAUUAAUCUGUUUCCUUGUUUCUUUGACAUGAACAAAGCCAAAACGUUAAAGCACUGUGUGGG